AAUUUCUACGUGGAAUUGUUUUUGUGUAAUAGCAGAGUGAAUAGUGUAUUAUUACAACUUUACUUUAUAAAAACAUUAAGAAAAAAUACAUGCCAAAAUGACACUAUUGUUUCGGAUCUCAUAUAUCUACAUAUUACUCUGGAAUACAUUAACUUCAAAUGGGUUGGUAGAAGAUUAUAAUAACCAUCGAAAUGAAAUUAAUAUUGCCGAGGAUGAUAUUGGAUCGUUUCCAUUUCUGAUGCCUUCAGUUUCUCCAAAAACUCCGGAUCUUUACCUGUGUACCCCCAUCAAAGUUGAUCCAACUACCUCAUAUUAUAUUGUUGGAUAUAGGCCCAAUGCAACCAUGAAUACAGCUCACCAUAUGUUACUUUAUGGAUGUGGCGAACCAGGCACAACUAAAAUGACGUGGAAUUGCGGUGAAAUGGCCAAGUCAACUGAGGAAGAAACAGCUAGUCCAUGCGGUCCCCAUUCACACUCACAAAUUUUGUACGCCUGGGCAAGAGAUGCACCAAAGUUAGAUUUACCACCAGGAGUUGGUUUUAAGGUUGGAAAGGACUCGCCAACAAAAUAUUUGGUACUACAAGUGCAUUAUGCUCAUGUGGACAAAUUCAAAUCUGGAGGAACAGAUGAUUCCGGCAUAUUUUUACAUUACACAGAGCGACCCUUAAGGAAAUUAGCCGGAACACUACUUUUGGGCACUGAUGGAAUUAUUCCACCGAUGAAAACUGAGCAUAUGGAAGCUGCUUGCGAAAUAACUGAGAAUAAAACAAUACAUCCAUUUGCUUACCGGACACACACUCAUGGAUUAGGCAAAGUAGUGUCGGGGUAUAGAGUGCGGGCAAAUGCUCAAGGCGUUCAGGAAUGGAUGCUUCUUGGAAAGAGAGACCCACUAACACCACAAAUGUUUUAUAAUGUGGAAAAUCCUUUGCCAAUAUCAACUGGAGACUAUGUCGCUGCAAGAUGUACUAUGAAGAGCACUCGCCACCGUAUAACAGAAAUCGGGCCAACAGGUGAAGAUGAAAUGUGCAAUUUUUAUCUUAUGUACUACGUAGAUGGUGCAGAGCCUCUAAAUAUGAAAUACUGCUUUAGCCAAGGUGCGCCUAAUUAUUAUUGGUCAAAUCCAGAUUCCGGCCUACACAAUAUUCCACAUAUCGAAGCCAGCACUUUGUAAAUCUCCAAACGUAUCUCAAAUACAACUGUAAAAAAAAA